GGUUAGAUCAUCUGCUGAAAUAGGAUGAUCAAUAAUGGCGAUUUCGUCUGCCAGGGCCUUGACAAUGUGCAAGUAGUUUGGAAUCGACUGAUUCCCACGUUGAAUCAAGGUGAGUUCCUCUUUAAGUUGCAUAGCUCUUUUCUUGAUCGGCUAGCAUAAAGUGUGUUGAGUUUUUUCCAUGCCUCAUGAGAGGUUUUUGCCGUAGCAAUUAGAGGGGUAAUAGUGGGUGAUGUGGAGGCUAAAAUUGCACUGAGAAUAAGCUUAUCCUGACGAACCCAGUGAGUCUUGUUCAAUUCGGCAUUGGGGGUACCAACAGGAGAGGGGCAGGUAGAAUCACCAUUUACGUAGUCGAGUAAGUCGUAGCCUUUAAGCAAGGCUUCAAACUGUGCUCGCCAUUGAGGGAAGGUGGAGGGUGUCAGUUUUUCAUUGAUUUGGGCAGUGAUAUUAAGAGCAAUAAUAGGUUUUUCGGAAGCUGAGAUGGGUUGAAUUUGGGUUGAAUUUGGGGAUUUUGAUCGGUUGAGGAAGACAUUGUUGAGUGUUGGAUUGUAGGUUCGUUUGAGAUCGGCUCUCCUGAUACCAUAUAGAGAAAAUAACACUGCAGGGUCGAUGAAGAAUUUUUCAUACUUUCAUUGAUGUGUUGACAGAAUUAUAUAUACACGUAUGUCAGCUCUAUUUUAGGAAAUAUACAGCUAAUAGACUAAGUUAAGGCUUCAGUUGCAGAAUCUACAUCAGUUACACAAUUACAAAAAUAUUAUAAACUGAUACAGCAAGAUUUAAGGCUGAUUUGUCUCUUUAAUGCUUUGUUGUUGAUGCUCAGAACCUUCCUUUAUAAUAUCAACUAGAAUUUAUGUUGCUGAUUGUUAUAGAAUCAACUGUUGCCAGACCAUGAUUCCUCGUGGACUAAUUAGGAACUUCACUUUGAGUGUCAAUGUGAUGAGAAAGAUAGUAGCUAUAAGGCCUGCACAUUUGCCUUCUUGCUAGAUAAAGAUUGGAAAAUGUUUGUAAAUGAGAAAUGGGGUAUUUUUGGCCCUAAUGCCAUUGGCUUAAAUAUCAAUGUCAGACUAAGACAUGGUGAAUUUUUUAUUCUUGCUCCUACACCAAAGGCUUCAAGGGGAAACCAUAUCUUCCACAAGGUUGCACAGAUGUUGAUGAAUGUGCGGAUCUGGGCUUGAAUGAUUGUGUCAAAGAUUGCAUCAAUAUAAAAGGAAACUACACAUGUUCUUGCCCUUUAGUAUACAAUGGUGAUGGCCGUAAAGGUGGAAUUAAUUGGUUGUGUUGAAGACAAACCUUAGAUGACUCCAGCCAUACUAGUUUCAGUUUAUGCAAAUUUUGGUUAUCCAGCGCUGCGCAAUUGUCCAAAUCAAUGCGGCAAUUUCACAAUCUCUUACCCUUUUGGUAUUGGAUCUGGUUGCUCUAAAGAUGAGUCGUUCUCUAUUAUAUGUAACACUUCAUUCAACCCUCCUAAACCUUUAUUGACAAAUCCUCAGGCUGAGAUUUUGGAAAUAAAUAUCCCAGGAGGUUCCAUGCGCGUCAAUAGUGAGAUUUGUUCUUCAUGUUCCGGACUUGUGAAUAUAAGCAAGAACUUGGGAGACAAUCCCUAUUUAUUCUACUCAGAAAAAGGUAACAGGUUUACGGCAUUGGGUUGUGGUGUGCAGGCCACAAUCAGUGAAAAUAAUGAACUCAUUGGAGGUUGCAUGUCUAUUUGCAACGAUGAGAGCCAUGCCUCAUCCUCUAGUUCAGGAGCUAGUUGUUAUGGAAUCACCUGUUGCCAGGCUAUGAUUCCUUAUGGACUAAAGAACUUCACUUUGAGUGUCAGUGGGACAAACAAAGAUGGUAGUUACGAGACCUGCAAGUAUGCCUUCCUGGUAGACCAAGAGUGGUUUCUUAACCAAUCAUUUUCUUACCCUUUUUAUUAUAUGCCUUCGGACCUCUUUCCUGCAGUGCUUGAUUGGAAGUUCUCUGCAAAUGAGACAUGCAAAAUUUGUGGCCCCGAUGCUAUUUGUUCAGUGAAUCAAAGCUUUGUUUCUUGCUCAUGUGCCAAAGGCUUUGCGGGGAACCCAUAUCUUCCACAAGGAUGCAUAGAUGUUAAUGAAUGUGAGGAUUUGGGCCUGAAUGAUUGUGUCAAAAUCUGCAUCAACACCCCAGGGAACUACCAAUGUUCUUGUCCUUCAGGUUACAGUGGUGAUGGCAGUCGAGGUGGAAUUGGUUGCGUUGAAAACAAACAGUGGGUUAGAACAGCUAUAAUAGGUGCUAGUGCAGGCUUAGGACUUUUGCUUGUAAUUCUUGGAGCUUUAUGGUCUUACAAAGUACUGCAAAAAAGAAAAAGCAUUGAACUCAAAGAGAAAUUCUUCAAACGAAAUGGUGGUUUAUUGUUGCAGCAAAAAUUAUCUUCAAAUGAAGGUAGUGUCGAGAAAACUAAACUUUUUACUUCAACAGAAUUAGAAAUUGCUACUAAUAUGAAUAAUCAGAAUAGAAUCAUCGGUCAAGGAGGGCAAGGCACAGUGUAUAAAGGAAUGUUAUCUGAUGGGAGAAAUGUUGCAGUCAAAAUGUCCAAAGUAAUGGAUAAGGCACAACUUGAGCAGUUUAUAAAUGAGGUCGUUAUCCUUUCACAGAUUAAUCAUAGAAAUGUUGUUGAGUUGUUAGGUUGUUGCUUAGAGACUGAAGUUCCUCUACUUGUUUAUGAGUUCAUUCCAAAUGGAACUCUUUACCACGCUAUCCAAUAUCGAACAGAGGGAUUUCCUUUUUCUUGGGAAAUUCGAUUGCGUAUAGCCACAGAAGUUGCCAGUGCAAUUGCAUACUUGCAUGCUUCAGCUUCUGUUCUCAUCUAUCAUAGAGAUGUCAAGUCUUCUAACAUCCUAUUAGAUGAAAAAUUCAGAGCUAAAUUGUCAGAUUUUGGAACCUCAAAGUCAGUUUCUCUUGAUAUAACGCACUUAACUACACAAGUGAAAGGUACUUUUGGCUACUUGGAUCCUGAAUAUUUUUGCUGUAACCAAUUCACAAAAAAAAGUGAUGUUUAUAGUUUUGGAGUGGUUCUGGUCGAGCUUUUGACUAGGCAGAAGCCAAUUUUUUCUACUGAAGAAGAGGAAAAUAUAAGUUUAGUUGCAUAUUUCAUUUCAUCAUUGGAUCAAAACAACUUAAUUGGUAUUCUCGAUGCUCAAGUAAUGAAGGAAGAUAGAAAGGAAGAGCUAAUGGCAGUUGCUUACAUUGCAAAAAGAUGUCUACACUAAAAUGGGAGGGAUAGGCCAUCAAUGAGAGAAGUUGCAGUGGAAUUGGAGGGGAUUAUGUUCUCAAAAGGGUAUUUAUCUACUGACCAAAAACAAGAUAUAAGCGAUGCGAAAAUGUUGACUGAGAUUGGGGAAUGUAGUUCAAUCUCAUUUGGAACAUACUCAUUGAUGUGCAUUGAAUCUUCAAAAGAUGUCCAGUCACUUAAGUUACAUACAAUCUGACGACUCUGAGAUUGGUAGCUGCUUGUAGUAUACUUAUUAUGUAGCAAAAAAAUAUGUUUUCCUUGACAAUUUUAAAUUUGUUACCAAUAUCUGGCUACUUCAUGUAGCAAUUUUUAAUUAAUCGUAUUCAUC